AUGGAUGAAUCGGAAUGGAGCUGGGUACCUCCGGUACUUACGGAUUCAGUCGAUCAAGAUGUCAUUUGGUUUCGUCUUUUUAUUCAAAUACUUAUUCAUAUGAAUGAUACGGACACAGCAAAAAAUGAUUUGCUACGAUUUUGGAGAAAGUUGUAUGAUGGGAAUUCAGCGGAACUUACAAUGGCUGACCAAUUUGACAAGGAAUUUCAACCUUCACACGCUAUUCGGUGGUAUACUAGAGAUUGCGCGAUCUAUAAGCUAAUCGGACGCGCUUCAUAUUGUACGCAUUACAAUAGUUUAUAUACCCUUCGUUUUAUAAUUAAAUUUAUAUAUCUACAACUACAAGACGAACAUCAACGAUCUUCAAGCUGGUUUUCCCGAAGUACUAUCACCGUCUAUCGAGAACAACGUCUGAGGCAUGAGGAACUAGAACUUUUUAAAACCAGAACUGGAUCAUUCUAUUCAAACAAAACACUAUUUUCCUCUUCGAAGAUACUAGAAAACACUAUUCAAUUUGCCAAGUACGCUAGAACUGAUGACUCUAAAGUGCCAGUAGUGUUUAAGACUCUAAUCAAGUCCGACAAACAAAUCACAUUACCUUAUGCUGAUCUUAGUAAAUUAAGUUGUUAUCCUGAUGAAGCUGAAGUAUUAUUUAUGUUUGGUACCAUAUUUCAAGUAGAUGAAGUACGUUAUCAUGAACAUGAACAAGUAUGGUUAAUUAGUCUUUCACUUUGUGGAGAAGAUGAUCCUCGUCUAAAAGAUUUGGUUGAUUAUAUAAAACAUGAAAUUAAAGAUAAAGCAGAUUUAGUUACAUUAGCUGAUUUCUUCAUUAAAAUGGGAGAAUGUGAUAUGGCAAAAGAAUACUAUCGAAAAUACGAAAGUCAACUAUUAAUUAACGAUUCUAAUAUGAAACGUGUUUGGCAAGGCCUAUCAAGCAUAGCUGAUAUUGAAGGAAAUUAUCAUAUAUCGAUGAACGAUUACACAAAGGCACAUGAAUCUUUCAAUGAACAAUUAGCUUUAUGUCAAAAUUUACCAAAGCACCAUCCACAAUAUGGAAAAUGUUAUGCAAAUAUCGCUAAUUUAUACGAACUUCGUGGGGAAAAAAGUUUCGCUUUAGAAAAUUAUCAAAAAGCAUACAAAAUCUAUAUACAAUCGCUUCCUGCUUAUCAUCCAGAUACAACCAAAGUUGAACAGUCAAUUGAAAAUUUAUCACCUCAUGCAAAUGUUAAUAAGACCCAAGAUAACGAAGAGACAUAUAAAGCUUUACGUGCGAGUGUUAAUUAUCUUCAAACAUUUGAGAAUUUACUAGAAGGUGAGAAAUAUAUUCGAAGUAUUCAACGUGAAAAAAUUAUCUUAAUGGUAUCUGGCAGCUACGGCAUAGAAAUUGUACCACGAAUUCACGAUCUUGUACAAGUUAAUUGUAUUUAUGUUUAUUGUGCUGAUAAAACACGUCAUGAACAGUGGUCAAAAGAUUAUUCAAAGAUACGAUCAGUGAUUACCAAGCGAAGGUUAUUAGUCGAACAAAUCACUGAAGAUCAAAAAAUUCGUAAUAUAACCGAAGAUGUUGUUCCAAUGAGUAUUUUAAAUCGUUCAGCAGUAGCUAAAGAAACAACAGCGAAAGAUAUUUCAAAAGAAAUGGGCUCAAUUUUAUGGUUUCAACUGUUGAUCGAUGUUUUAUUACGCAUGACACAUACUGCUGAUGCUAAAACAGAAUUAACGAAAACAUGGACGAAAAAUUAUACUGGAAAUUCCUCUGAAUAA